CUUUUAUUUAUGUCUUCCAGGUACAGAGCGUUUGCUUUUGACGAAAGUUAAGAAGAACUACAUGAAGUUUCAAACUCAUUUUCGUCUCUGCACCGCCCUUCUGCAUCAUGCUGUCGACUUUCAGAUCGUAUAUUGUGAACACCAGUGAGAUGAGCCUCAUUUUGAUUCCAUUUGGUAAGAACAUGGUUGCAAACAAUUUCCUCCUCCUGCAUUUUUUUCCACAAUUAAUUGACUGAGACACACAAGAAAACAAACAGGACAAGAGCGUUCCACUGAAACCAAAAGAACUUUGGGAUUUCCCUCUGUGCUGAGGCUGAUUUCCCUUGACUAUGGGAUGGAGCUGCCCUGGCCGGUGCCGCUCCUGGAAGGUCUGAAGUCCUGGCAUAUGACAGCCAGUCUGUACACAUUCAAAAUAACCACCAGGAAGUUCUUGAUAGCGAAGAAGACCAGCAUCUGGUGGAAGACAUCGAACUGAGAGGUCCACCCUGGCUCACAGCAGUUACAAGUGGUCAAUGCAGUCAGCUCCAGUGGCACACUAUCUGCCUCUCCCGGAGUCACCACCUUGGCGAUUAGCGUGUCACGGGCUCCAAACACAGCUACAGCGCGCUUCUGCAUUCACAGACUUGUGCGUGACGAUCAUCUCCAGCAGCAGCGGCAAGAAGAGCAGCGUGAGGAGCCAGAAGAUGUUGUCCCCCUUCACCCAGGUCACCCUCCACACGGCCGCCAGCGACACGAAGAGGAAUAGUCCCCUGAUUCAGUCGAAGAACAAGAAUGUGAGGAUUUGUUCUGGACAGGACCUGUGGCAAUCCAUUCAAGGCAGCAAGUUUGGAGAGCGUGUUGAGUUGAAUCGAUUCAUAACGUCGAGAUGGAGCCGAACUCACUCAAGUGGGUGGGCUCGUCUUGCGGUUUACACGGACCAUAUAUAUUCUAUAAAGCCUUCAAAUUCAACCGGGACACCAAAGCGAGGAUCUUGUCCCUGGGAGACUUUUUCUUGGUGCGAUGUAAGCCGGAGGAGCCUGUUUGCAUAGCGGAGCUGCAGCUUCUCUGGGAGGAAAGGACGAGCAAGCAACUUUUAUCCAGCUCCAAACUUUAUUUUCUACCAGAGGACACUCCCCAGGGACGGAAUGUCUCCCACGGAGAGCAUGAGGUCAUCGCCGUGACCGAGAAGGUGAUUGUGCGCCUCCACGACCUGGUCAAAUGGGCGGUACCGGACUUUUCGGGAUGGGCCCACGGGCUGAAGGCGGAGCCGCUCAAGGCGUCGGUGCUGCGCGAGCUGGGCACCAACGGGCGCCGGGAGGCGCUGCACCGCUACAGAGAGAGCACGCUGACCAGCGGCCUCAACUUCAAGGACGUCCAGAGGGAGAGGGCCCACCUCGGCCAGGAAGAGGAUGGCAGGAAGGUGCUGGUUCUCAGCUACCCGCAGUAUUGCCGCUACCGCUCAGUCGUGGCCCGGCUGAGGGAGCAGCCCACCUCGCUGCUCCUCAACCACACGGUGCUGGCGCUGGGCGGCAUCGCCGUGCUCGGCGGGAACACCCGGAUCCUGUACUGCCGGGACACCUUCGAGCACCCCACCCUGCUGCAGAACGAGAGCAUCUGCGACGAGUUUGCUCCCAACUUGAAGGGGCGUCCUCGGAAGAAGAAGUUGUCCUUCUCGCAAAGGAGGGACUUCCAGUUUCAAGGGUCGUCAGGGUCAAACCCGGGGUCGACAGCAGCGGUGGCGGCGCAGGACGCCAUCAGCCCGGACGGGAAAAGUCCCAAGGUCAAAGCUAGCUGUAAAGCGCUACCCAACGGCAAGAUUAGCUCCACCGCCAAGCACAAAGCCAGCGGCCUCGGGAAGAAGACGCCGCCCGAGGACAAGGAGCGACGGAAGGAGGUGGAGGAGAGGAGCGAGAAGGAGGAGACCAGAGAUGAGGACGAGUCGUCGUCUUCGUUGUCGUCGUCGGAGGAGAGCCGAGAGGACGAGCAGGCCUUCCUUGUGGAGCUCUACAAGUACAUGAAGGAGAGGGACACGCCCAUCGAGAGGAUCCCCUUCCUGGGCUUCAAACAGAUCAAUCUCUGGACCAUGUUUCAAGCUGCUCAGAAGCUGGGAGGAUACGAGCUGAUCACAGUUCGCAGGCAGUGGAAGCACGUGUACGACGAAUUGGGCGGCAACCCGAGCAGCACCAGCGCCGCCACCUGCACACGGAGACACUACGAGAGGCUCCUCCUCCCGUACGAGAGGCACCUCAAAGGUGAGCAGGACAAGCCACUCCCUCCCCUCACCAAACCCCGGAAGCAGGAGGGCGGCCAGGAGAAGGCGCCGGGCGCCAAGGCCAAAGGAGUCGGGGCUAAGAAAGUCAAAGGGUCCAGCCAUCCCAAGCAGGCGGCCAGAAAGGAGCGAGCGGAGGCGGCCAAGGGCCAGGGAGCGCCACAGGUUGCGGAGGUCAAAGCGGAAGCAGCCACAAAGCAGGAGGCGCCGGCAAGAGACGAGCCCAUCGUCAUCGAGGAGGAGGAGGAGGAGGAGGAGCUUCACGUCACACUGAAGAAGGAGGAGUCCCUUUCAGGGGAGCGACCAGCCUCGCUGUGCCUCAAAGAGGCCGACUGCAGGGCUCCACUUGCCGCCCGGCCCCUCCACGCAGGAACCCAGCCCGAGUGGAGGCAGAUCAGCCAGGCCCUUCAAGCCAAGACCGAGGGUCAUCUAAUUGCGAAAAGCCCCUACCUGCCUCACUGCUGGGACCAGAAACUCGUUGGACAUGUUGCGCUGCCUGAGCCCUCCACCAGGGGCAAAGACUCCUUGGAGAGUCUUGGAGGGCGGGUUGGCAAGGUGUUGCCUAUGUGCAAACAGGCAGACGGGCAGUCCAUAGACUUGAGUACGGAGUCCUUCCCAGAGAAGGAGGACUAUGGUGUCAUUAGGAAGGAGAGUCUUUCCUACUGCAAAGCCAGUCAAGGCGUCAUGUCUCCUUUGGCUAAAAAGAAGCUCCUCUCCCAAGUGUGCGAGUCCACCUCCUUUUCUUUUGUGUCCUCACUCCAGCCUCCCCUUGCUACCGCUCUCCCAAUGGCGGAGAGAGACACGGAGAAGAGGAAGGGAGAGGAGGAAGGGGCAGGCCAGAGGGGACACAUGUCUGACAGCAUCCCGGAGGCGGUGCCCAUCUUCAGGCCAUCGGUCAUCCAGCACGCACAGAGCAGCAAGCCUGCGCAACAAGGCCAACCAAGGAGGAGCCACCACCUACAGCCUCAUGUCAGUCCUCCGUGGCAGCCCUAUCUCCCUCGGACUCGGGACCACGAAGCCGUGGAGAAGGCUGGCGAGACUCUACUCCAGAACCCGGCUGCUCAGGCUCGCAGCUUCACGGCGGACUGCUACUCGUCCCCUCACCUGCACAGUCUCUACAGGCAAACAGAGAGCUGCUUGAGUCAGGACAGGAUGGCCGGAUUCCCCAACGGAGAGCGCCGGGAGCACUUUUCCAGGGAACGCGAAGGGAAUUUUGUUUGCAGCAGCCUGGAGCAAGAAGGCCUCGCCUACAGAUCUCACUACAACGACGACGCUCAGACUCGAGGGGAGAGCAGAGAGGCUGAGGACGAACCCAGAGACUUCACCAUGUCCAAGCCUCUCUCCCAGCGGGUGUCGUCCUUUUCCAAACCUUCCUUCUGCGGCCUCCCCUACUCCAUCGUGCACCAGGGCUUGGACUCCCACCCUAAAGCAUGCCGAGUUCCUCCCAUGACCAUCUCACCUCCCAAGCAGAGCCCUGCAGAACCAUUGCAACCCUUUCCUAGUCCUAAAUCUUCGUCUGACUCGUCCCUCACUAGCCCUGUCCGACCCAGUAAACGGACCCUCGGGGAGCCGGAGGGCGAGGAGGUCCCAGAGAGGAAGGUCCGCGUGGUGACCCCCAUUCACCCAGCGUGCGCCAUUCGGCGCAGCGACCCAGAGGAGCUGAAACCCGCCGAGCCGGCCCACGCGGUCCACCUCAACAACCACCUCCCCGAGGGCCACCCUGCUACCGCCUACCCCCCGCCUCACGCCGCGACCCUCUACGCCGGCAUGUACCCCCCCGGCAGCCUCGUGUCACCUGGUGCCCAGGACGGGCUUCAGCAGCACCCGGGCUUUCAGUACCUGAAGAGCCAGUCGGCCGUAUCCCCCCUGGUGCCCCCCUUGGCCUUUCACUCCAUGAUGCUCCACAGGCAGCUGCUGGCCUCCGGGCCCAGCCCACACCACUUCUUCAGGCACCCAGGAGGUGCCGCCCUCUACGGGGACCUACUGCACCACCUGUACCCACUGUCCACCCUUCCCCCGCCACAGUUGUCCUCGGUACACCCCAGCACCAGACUGUGAGGGACAUGUUCCUUUGUCCUGCUCCUCAGUUGGUGGGUGGUUGUGGAUGGAAGCGGGGUCGGGGCGGGUGGCGACUGAUUGUAAAACUCAUCAGUGAGGCAGACUGAAAAUUCCAUUUUUUUAGUUUCUACAUUUGUUUAUACUUUGCACUGUAUUGUUAUCACCACUUACUGUAUCUGUUUGUGUCGUAUCCUUAUUUGCACAACUCUGACGCGGAUGUGCUCACUAUUCAUUUGACUCUUGCUCAGUGGGAGUCGGGUCGUCGUGUAUUGGACAAAGUGGACGGCGGCCGUUUGUUUACUGCGUCUCCUGAGGGCUAAACUGUUGUCGCUUGAAACACUACGAGGAACACAACGCCUCAUCGUGACGUUAUUGGCAUUCGGUGGCGUUGUGUGUGUGUGUGUGUGUGUGUGUGUGUGUGUGUGUGUGUGUGUUUACAUGCCUCCACUUUUGCCGCUUUUCUACUGCACAGUAUUGACUGGCCUCACCCGCCUCGGUUUGGGACGAUCGGUUUUCAGUUUUCAGUAUCACACAACGGGAAACUGCCAAAACUGAGCUGCACUUAACGCAUCAAUCAGAAAACAAUGGAUUUUAACUUCAGUAUGGAGACCAAUUGUAUCCAAGAGGAGACUGAGGGCAGUAAAGAAGUGGAGACUGUGGAGUACAAACAGUACAGAAACAUCGGCCAUUUUAACCUUGCAUCCCAAAGUGUUACAACGUUGAAUGUGCUCUAGUUAAUUUUAUCCAACUAGAGAAUGGGGGCAGCCAAGAGGAGACUAUGGAGUUUAAUACAGUCACAUCAGUCAUUUUUCUAACCUUUUAUCAUCAAAUAAUGCUACAACAUUGGUGAUGACAGCUCCACCUGAUUUCAUCUGAGAGGAGACUGUGGGCAGCUGCAGCAAAGAAGUGGGAGACUGUGGAGUAAAAUACUGCAACAUCAGUUAUUUUCAGCCUCGAAUCCUCAAAGUUACAACAAUGAUGAUGAAUGUGCUCCAUCUCAUAUUAUCCGAGCAGAGACUGAGGGCAGUCAAGAAGUGUACACUGUGGAGUACCAUACUGUAACAUUAGUCAUAGUUAGCCUUGUGUCCUCAAGUGUUGCAAUGUUGAAUUGGCUCCAACUAAUUUUAUCCAGGAAGAGACUUAGGGCAGCAAAAAAAAAUGGAGACUGGCAUAAAAUACUGCCACAUUAGUCAUUUAUAGCCUUGAAUCCUCAAGUGUUACAACGAUGAUGAUGAAUGUGCUCCACCUGAUUUCAUCCUAGAGGAGACUAUGGGCAGCUGCAGCAUAGAAGUGGAGACUGUGGAGUAAAAUACUGCUUUAUCAGUCUUUUUUAGCGAGACUGUGGAGUAAAAUACUGCGUUAUCAAUCUUUUUUAGCCUUAUGUACUCAAGUAUUACAACAUUGGAUAUCCUCCACAUAAUGUUAUCCAAGAGGACACUUAGGGCAGCAAUGAAGUGGAGGCUAUGGCGAACAAAACGGCAACAUCAGUCAUUGUUAGCAGUGCGUCCUCAAGUGUUUCAAUGCUGAAUGCUGUCCACCAAGGUACUAGAAGUCGUACCUGGUAGUACCUACUUUUGGGAAGGCGUCGUAUGUGUGGAGUAGAGGCAAGUGGGUACCGUGCAGUGAAAAAGUCCAUUAUUUUGACACGGCAUGUAGAGGUGCUGUGUGGACACAACUGUCCAAUCCUCAUCCAUUUCACUUUUCUUUUGGAUCCCGCGCCAGUGAAUGUGGCUUUUUCUUUGUCGUUUUUCCCCCCCAAAAUGAAAGUAAUCAGACUGUAGCAGCUCCUCGUCUUUUUUGUUGCGUGAUGAAGCAGCCGGCAGCUGCGGAAUGCUCACAAAAAAAGCAUUUCAUAGGUUUUUUUUUUUGUUGUUUUUGUUUUGAAUCAUAAAAAAAGGUUUUUUGAAGCCGCUGAAAAGAUCCACUGUAUGAUUUUAUUUUUUUCUAGGAAUGUUGUCACUUAGGAUGCGAUUGCUUUGCAAAUACUUGUGCCUUUGGCCGUGUUAGCACUACAUAGGAGCAUCCACUCAUUACUGUCAGCAGUGAUUGGUGAGGUUUAUAUAUAAUACAGCUACAGAGUUAUGCUUUAGAGUAUAAAUAUAUUUACUUAGCUUUACUGUGACAGGCAGUCCUUACACAUUUUAGGAAAAAAAAGAGGCCAUGCUGCCUAUCAUCAGGAGGGCUUGAAUGUGAAUAAAGGUACCACGCUUGGCUCUCUGUAUUAUUAUGAUUAUUAUGAUUAUUGGUCUUUUCCAACCACUACGAUUGCAAUUCCAUGGCCCCAAAUUCCAAAAGCAUAAGCUGGAUGUAAAGUCGACAUGUUGUGUGUAAUCCAGUACACGAAACAAAAAAGGAGCACAUCAAUGUGGGAUCAAUGUCAUGUUGUGUGUGUAAAUAGCAGUGUAGAUAUCAGCGACGGGUCCUCGCCAUAUAAACUGUUAUAAUCUGUAAAUAGCAAACAAAGGCAGUAUAAAAAAAAAUACACAAUCUAGUCCUGGUUUGUUUUCACCUUUAGAUUGUAACAAACACUACGAUUUAGGAGUUAUUUUCUCUUUUAUGUUUUUGAUACAGUAGCCAUCUGUUUACCAAUCACCCCAGCUGGCGAGCAACUUAAAAAAAAAAAAAUAAAAGACAUUUUUUUAUGAUAUGACCUCCUGUAUAUUUAAUUAAAAUAUUUUACUAUCUAACACAUGCUUCCAACCUUGUCUUCUUUAACAACAUGUGAAAGGAUGGCCUUCCAUUGUUUGCUGUGAAGUUCCUCCUGCUUGCACAACAGGGACGCUGCUUCUCUUCCUCAUUCGCUGCUUCCUUUUUCUCCUCUUCCUUCUUUUUGUCUGACAUCCAGAUGAGUAAUGAAAGCUGUGGCUCAUAUUAUUUUCACCCAUUUGGUAGUUGAACGCCUUUUUGAAAAGUUCACUCAUAACCUUCUCACUCAGCAAGAAUAAUUCAAGCAAAAGAGGGCUCAUGGCGGUAGAAUGAAGUAGCUGCAUUACAUGAAAGAAAGUGGUCAAUUCUAGACCGGGGGGGUCCAAAGUGCUGCCCGGGGCCUUUUUUUGACCUACGGCACAUUCUAAAACUACAAUGUAACAAGAAAACAAAAAAAAAAGCCAACAAAAAAACAGCAACAUUGGAAAAACCAGCUGUAAUUUACAAGAAUGAAGUGAAAAUAUUAACAGAAAAAAGUUUAAUGUAAAGAGAAAGUCAAUUUUACGAGAAUAAUGCAAUAUUGCAAUAUUAGGAGGAAAAAUAAUGUUUUAGUAGCAUAAAGUUGAAAUAUUAAAGAAAAAAAGGUUGCGAAAGACAAAAUAAAGUAAUUUUUGGAAAAUAAGAUUGUGGGAAAAGUUAUAUUAUGAGAAUAAAGUCAAACUAUUAUGGAAAUAAAGUCAUUACGAGAAGAACAUUUACAAGAAGAAAGUUGGAUAGUUGGAAAAUAGAAAAAAAAAGUAAUUUUAAAAGAAUAAAGUGAAAAUAACAGAAAAAAGUAGUUUUACAAGAAUAACAUUGCAAUAUUAUGAGGAAAAAUGAAAUUUUAGUAGCAUAAAGUUGAAAUAUUAAAGAAAAUUUUUUGGAAAAGUAGGUUGUGGAAAAAGUUAAAAUAUGAUAAAGUCAAAAUAUGGGAAUAAAAUAAUAUGAGAAGAAAAUUUACAAGAAGAAAUUUGAAAUAGUUGCAAAAUUAAAAAAAGCAGAAAUGGAAAAAAAAACAGCUGUAAUUUUCCAAUAAAGUCAAAAUAUUAGGAGGAAAAAAAAAGUUGUAUUCAAUUUUAUUACAAGAAAAAAAAAAUCAUUUUAUCAGCAUAGAGUUGAAAUAUCAGUUUAUUUAUAUUUUAGUCAUAAUAUCGUGAGAAAAGAACAAAACUAAAUAAAGUUGUCAUUUUUGGAAAAUUAGGUUGGGGAAAUAGAAUAUUAUGGAAAAAAGUGUACAUAUUAUUGGACUUAAAUCAUAAUUUUACAAGAAGAACAUUUAUAAAGAUUAUUUGAGAAGAAAGUUGCAACAUUGGAAAAUAAAAAAAGGGAAAAAGCGAAGGUGAUCGUAAUAAUAGGCUUUUUCACUUAUACAGUAUCAUAAUGCUGAGGUGCAGUUUUUUCUUGAAUAUACAAGCAAAAGCUUUGCUGUUGUGAGAAUGCAAUAAAUGAAAAAAUAUCACCAUAAGAUCGCUUUAAUUCCACUAAAUUUGACUUGAGAUUCACGUUGUCGUAGAAGAUCAUACUGUAUAACACUCAACAAGUCAAUAAAACAGAAGAACACUCAGUGGCAUUCUCUCAUCCCAGUAAAAGUCACAUAAAAAAACAAUGCAGGACACUGGCAACAUAAUCAAUACGCUAAACAGGAGUUCAACCAAACAAAGUGUUAUUUUUCUUGUGCUACAGUCUAUAAAGAAGAUAACGUACGCAAGGCUGUCUCUGCUCAUGAAAGGUAAAACUAAUUAAAGUAAGCGAUCCCAGUCGUAAAGGAUAAUCACAACAAUACACUGCCCCCCCCCCCUUCGCAGCGAGCGCUGACCAGGGCUGACCUCUUCUUUUCUAUAGAUGGAUUUCUAACGCAUACAGAGCUUUGCAAGCAUUUGGAACGCACUGCUGCUAUUACUGUAAGUUGCAACCCCCACACCUUCAGGGACAACCUGUUUUCAGUGCUUUGGACGGCUUCCUGUCUCUUUAACACACACAAAUCCAAACAUCUUCCCUCAAGACGAUUUAAAGUGAACGCUAAAAGUAAUUGAGCUGAUUGGUAACCAUUGAUGGUUCAGUCGGUGUUGAUGAACGAUGUUCUAUUUCAUACAGUGAUCCCUCGCUCCAUCGCGGUUCAUCUUUCACGGACUCACAGGGUUUUUUUGUGCUAUUUUUGAACACCCAUUGUGUUCUGCCGUGUUUGCUGUUGCCCGAUCGCUAGCAAACAGCAUGCAGAGACUCUGAACUCUGUAUGUUUGCACGUUUUCUCCCCGACAAAACCCACAAUGUCGACGAAAGGUUCCGCUCCCAAAAGGCAGAGGAGGAUGCUACCCAUCGCACAUUAAGUUGGACUUCUGCGGCUGUGGGGCGCCGUUACGGAAUAAAUGAAUCUUCGGUUGGAGGGGGGAAAUCCGACGACGGGAGCAAUGCUUCAAUAAGGAUACAAAAACGCUUCAACGGAGCAACGCCAGGAUAAGGAGGCAUGGUCAGCGGAGUGAAAUACACGUGAGUCACUUCGUAAUUUCUUGUGCCCAACCUCGUAGGUUGAGCAUUACACUUCAAAAGAAGGUUUGAACACGGAGUGUUUCAACAAGAGAAAAAUGUUAUUGGCUGUCUGAGAAGUGUGUAACGUGUAAAGUGUCAGGUGAGGAGUUUUUUGCUACUUUGCGGAUUUCACUUAUUGUGGGCUAUUUUGGGAACCUAUCCCCCGCGAUAAACGAGGCGACACUGUAUACAGGAUAUAGAAUACGAUACAUUUUAGCAGAGUGAUGUUUCACUUUCAUCAACAACGAUCGUCUAUAAGACAACACAUGCUGCCGUGUUGUGUUUUUGUUUUUUCAACCGAUUCCCGGCCCGAGUUUGUUGUCCCGAGGGCCGGCGGUUGAAUAUCCCCGGACUAUCUUAAUGUGCUGCUGAUGAGUGACGAUGCCGACGGAAUAUCUGAAAGACGCACUCGUGAGUUUGUCCUUUCAACGGAGGUCUCACUCCUGAUACGUU